CCAGAAAGGUGUUUCAGUUAAACAAGCACACAUUUAGUAAAUCUGGAAGCGUGCCUAACCCACUAAUGGUGACUCUAUAAAGCUGAAAGAAGAAGAAACAUUUCUAGACCACAAUGAAUUGAGCUCCCAUUACACUCCGAAAAUGGAAUCGAAGAAAAGGCGUAUCAGGGAGCCACCAUCAGUUCCAUUUCUCUGGGAAGAUAGGCCAGGAAUAACCAAAAAGGACUGGAAGCCUGAAGUUGCUCCUCCUGAGGUCACACCACUUCCAUCAUUGCCGCCAGUCAAGCUCAUUGCUUCGGUUCCCUUUAAAUGGGAAGAAAGGCCCGGAACUCCACUGUCCCGUUUCUCACAGCCAUCAUCAGUCGAUGAGGGGAAACUUGCUUCGCAAGUAAAGGUGCUUCCUUUACCACCAGCUCUGAUGUACUCAGAAGCAGAAACUAGGGAUGUUGAUGAUGACUGGUACCUGAGAUCACCGCCAUCUCUGUUGGGGAAUUGCCUGAUGUCAUCAGCGGCAGUUUCUGCUGCUGUUCCAGUCAUCGACAGCGCUUUCUCGAUGGAUGAGCAGUGGGAAACACUAGCAUCGCCAGAUUAUGAAAGCGACAGCAGCACCAGCAGCUAUGCAACUGGGAGAUCAAGCCUUGUGGGAUCUUCGUUCUUGGAAUGCUUGUUUCCAUUAUAUAAAGCAGCUUCUGGGUCUCGUGAGGAGGAUACAGAUCCGAAGAACGGCUCUUCCACUCCACCGCUGGAGCUCACCGGCAGAGAUUUGGUAGAUCAAGGAAGUAGUGAUGGGGCACUUGUAAUAAGGAAGCCGCCAACACUUGGAGAGCUGAUAAUGAUGAGCAGAAGGAGGAGUGUUCGGAGGAAAGCAGCUCAAAUGAGGCUACAGAAUCCAUCAAUGGAACUCAUCAAGGGGCAACCUUUCAAAUGCUGCGUCUUUUGAACCGGUGCUCCUGAGAAGCCUGCAUUCAGUUCUCCAUGGGGACUUACUCAAGGAAUCUCCUUUUAAGUUUCGGUUUCCAUAUUUCAUACUGCUAGUGAGUUCUUUAAUUCAUGUCAAAGCAUGCAAAGAAAAAAGUACAACCUUCAGGAGUAUACUGCUUCUUGAUGCAAGUCAUAAAGUCCUGUCGUUCCA